UCGGGGAGCGACACGCGACACACACUAUACACCGAACGCCGGACACAUUUAUAGAAGCUCUGUGUUCCACCCGGACACGUUUACUGUACGGAACAAACUCAAGCGUUUCAAACAUUACAAAUAUAGCAGUAGUUUUUCUUCAUUCUUCGUUUUAUGUGACUAACGUUACUCAAAUGGCUGAUGGUGAAGAUGACUACAUGUCGGAUGCGUUUCUCAACCAAAUUUUCGAUAUGUUUAAUGCUUAUUUACACAAACAGCCCAGAUGUUCGACCUGGUGUUCCGAUGGUGAAAAGUGCGAAGGAAGCCAUGAGAAGAGAAACCCUGCAAAAAGAGAAGAAUAUUAAAAACCGUCAGAAGAGCUACAAGGAGCAGGAGCAGGAGAGUCGAGAAGCAGCGCUGCAGAACUCCAUCAGCACACACAAUAAAGGCUUUGCAUUACUGCAGAAGAUGGGUUAUAAAGCAGGACAAGGACUCGGAAAGAAAGGGGCUGGACGAGUAGAGCCGGUUCCUAUGAACAUUAAAACAGACAGAGGUGGGAUUGGAAUGGAAGAACUGAAGAAAAGGAAAGCUGAAGAGGAACUGCAGAACUACAGAAAGAAGGUGCAAAUGAAACAGCAGGGGGAGAAGAAAUCUUUGGAGGAUUUCAGAGUGCGAAAAAGAACAGAAAGAGAGGAACGUCAAACACUGAUAGACCUGAACAAGAGUCAACGGGCCUGUGAACAGCUCGACACUCAGAAGGGUGUAACGGUUCCCAGGGACAGCUGGUACUGGCCUGAAGUCCUCAAAGAUGAAGAGGCAGAGCUCGAUGAGGAAGACACAUCACACAGCAGUGAGGAUGAGGACGAAGACGAUCUGACUCCUCCAGACAAGCUGCAGUUUCUCACGUCGUAUUUGCGAGGAGUUCAUUCUUACUGCAUAUGGUGUGGGACAGCAUACAAUGAUGAAGAUGACCUGAAGUCAAACUGUCCCGGUGACACGGCUGCUGAUCACGAUGACUAGCCAACACCCAUCUGGACUUCACUUUUAAACUCUCUCUCUCUGUGUAAUAUUCAUGUUUUAUUUAAAUGUCAAGUGUUGUAUUGAAAUAAGUAAAGAUAUUUUAAGAUGUA